GCUAUAAAUACGAGCAAAGUUUAUUUUUUAACACAAUAAUUUCACAAGCUCUAGAAGUGCGGCAAGAUGAGUCACCACUGUCAUGAUCACUGUCAUCAACAUCCUGAUCACGAUCAUCAUCCAGCAACAGAAGGUUAUUACUGGCGAGAUUAUACUGGCGAAAUACCUGAAGACGCAUUCCCCGGCGGACUCGAUAUAAACCAAAAACCAACUUACAUUGGUCAAGCAGAUUUAAAAGGCGUUGGCGUGAUCCCGACAAGUCUUUACCCUGGUCAACUUAGUAUGAAAUUAGCCUGCGAUUGGAAAGCCAACUAUUCCAACAACGGCAUGAAGAUACUUUGUACUUCAGACCCGAAUUCCCUUUCUUGGGUGAGCACCACUGCUGCGGAUCUACCUUUGAUCACAGCUGGCAAAAAAUUAGUCAUUGGAGGUUUCCAACAUACUGACACGCUCAACGUUGGACGAGUGAUGCACGGAGGAGAACUAGUGGCUGGAAAAGUGGCCGGGGGUAUGCCAGGAAACACCGGGCUGUACUAUGUUGGUAGUGAAAAGGAAAAUUGUGUUGCUUCGUAUCAAAUUUUAAUUCAGAAUUAAUUAAUUUUUAUUUUAUUGUUAUAUAUUAAACGUCUAAAAAGCAUUACGUA